UGAAAUGUUGUCUAAUACUGUCUUGCUUAAGAAACAGAACAGUUACAACAUGGGGAAAAAAUAUUUUGGCUUUCUGAUAUUGGGAGUCCUCUUAGCAGGUUAUAUUUAUGUACCUCUUCCAGAUAAUGUUGAAGAACCAUGGAAAAUAAUGCUGUUAAAUACUUUUUUAAAAACUUCAUCAUAUUUGUUAUCCAAGUCCUAGUCCCAGUUUGCCCUACACGUCACACUCCCUGGGUUGCCAGUCCAGUUGAUCUGAGCACACAUUGACUGCUGCCUACUGUGUCUAUGGGCCCUGUUUGGUGAAAUAUUGGGGCUAAACCAUUUCAUGAAAUUGAUGGCACUCUUUUCAAGAAUUCAAGGUUUUCCACCAACAUCAGAUGAGAACAUAAUUGUGAGAGAUACAACAUUCAAUGAUAUUCCUGUCCGUAUAUAUGUGCCCCAACAGAAGACAAAAUCAUUAAGAAGAGGCUUGUUUUAUAUUCAUGGUGGUGGCUGGUGUUUUGGUAGUAAUGAUUAUUAUAGCUAUGACCUUCUGUCAAGAUGGACAGCAGAGAGACUUGAUGCAGUUGUCAUAUCAACCAACUACAGACUAGCCCCAAAGUACCAUUUUCCAGUUCAAUUUGAAGAUGUGUACACUGCAUUAAAAUGGUUUUUAGACCCCCAAAAUCUUGAAAGCUAUGGUGUAGAUCCUGGAAGAAUCGGUAUCUCUGGAGACAGUGCUGGAGGGAAUUUAGCUGCAGCAGUGGUACAGCAGCUCUUAGAAGAUCCAGAUGUCAAGAUCAAGCUCAAGGUUCAAACUUUAAUAUAUCCUGCCCUUCAGAAUUUUGAUUUCGAUUUACCAUCAUAUCGAGAAAAUGCACAUUAUCCAGUUCUGUCGAAAUCACUCAUGGUCAGAUUCUGGAGUGAAUAUUUCACUACAGAUAGAUCACUUGAGAAAGCAAUGCUUUCCAACCAACACAUUCCUCUGGAAUCAAGCCAUCUGUUCAAAUUUGUUAAUUGGAGUUCUUUGCUCCCUGAGAAGUUUAAGAAAGGUCACAUUUAUAAGACUCCAACUCAUGGUAGUUCAGAGCUCGCUAAGAAAUACACAGGGAUUCUAGAUGUGAAAGCUUCACCAUUGCUAGCUGAUGACAGCAAGUUGCGUGGUUUACCCCUGACCUAUGUCAUCACUUGUCAAUAUGAUGUCUUAAGAGAUGAUGGACUCAUGUAUGUUACUCGACUUCAGAAGUCUGGAGUUCGAGUGAUCCAUAACCACGUAGAGGGUGCAUUCCAUGGAACACUUGCUUUUCUUUUUACUAAAGUUGGUUAUAGAGCAGCCAAUCAGUAUAUUAAUUGGCUACAUGAAAACCUGUAAUAAAAAUCUGAUCAAUAUAGAAAAAAGUUAGCCCCAGAAUUUCAGGAAAAAAGGACAAACACUGAGAGUAUUCACAUUAGGAAUACAUGUUUUAUAGACUACAGUCUUUCUAAAUCUGCAUGUAGGUAAUUAUUGUUAUUGUCAAGGAAUGAUUUUUAUAGGUUAGUGUCACUCACUUUUGUUUCUCAGAGUAUAUUAGAUUUUAUUUUUCACUUUUAGCUAUCACUUUGAAGCAUCUAGUUUUCUUACAUUCUUUUCAUUUUACUUGUUUCAUAAAUUAUUUCAGUUAGAAUAAAUGUCUGCUUGUUUAAUACCAACCAUUAA